AAAAGCGUGCUAACUGUUGGGAGGCAACCUACAUGACACUGCAUCAUGACCGAGAAUAAAUGUGACAGUCAGUUUUACAGCGUUCAGGUUGCAGACUCCACAUUCACUGUACUUAAACGAUACCAGCAAUUGAAGCCGAUUGGCUCUGGGGCUCAAGGCAUUGUUUGUGCUGCAUUUGACACAGUCCUUGGAAUCAAUGUUGCUGUAAAGAAGCUGAGUCGUCCCUUUCAGAACCAAACACACGCCAAACGAGCUUAUAGAGAACUUGUGCUUCUAAAGUGUGUCAAUCACAAAAAUAUAAUUAGUCUGUUAAAUGUAUUCACACCACAGAAGUCACUAGAAGAAUUUCAAGAUGUGUAUUUGGUUAUGGAACUGAUGGAUGCUAACUUGUGCCAAGUUAUUCAUAUGGAGCUGGACCAUGAACGAAUGUCCUACCUACUGUACCAGAUGUUGUGUGGAAUCAAACAUCUUCACUCCGCUGGUAUCAUCCACAGAGAUUUAAAACCCAGCAAUAUAGUAGUAAAAUCAGACUGUACUCUCAAAAUCCUUGACUUUGGACUUGCAAGGACAGCGUGUACUAAUUUCAUGAUGACCCCAUAUGUAGUAACACGGUAUUACAGAGCGCCAGAGGUUAUUCUUGGCAUGGGAUACAAAGAGAAUGUGGAUAUCUGGUCUGUUGGGUGCAUAAUGGCCGAAAUGGUCCUCCAUAAGGUCGUGUUCCCAGGAAGAGAUUACAUUGACCAGUGGAAUAAAGUUAUUGAACAAUUAGGUACACCUUCAGCAGACUUUAUGAAAAAACUACAACCUACUGUGCGCAACUAUGUAGAAAACAGGCCAAAAUAUCCAGGUAUCAAAUUUGAAGAGCUCUUCCCAGACUGGAUAUUUCCUUCAGAAUCUGACCGUGACAAACUAAAAACAAGUCAAGCUAGAGAUUUGCUAUCAAAAAUGCUAGUGGUAGAUCCAGACAAACGAAUAUCAGUAGAUGAAGCUCUGCGACAUCCAUACAUCACAGUUUGGUAUGAUCCUGCUGAAGCUGAAGCACCACCACCUCAGAUCUAUGAUGCACAGUUGGAAGAAAGAGAACAUGCCAUUGAAGAAUGGAAAGAAUUAAUAUAUAAAGAAGUAAUGGAUUGGGAAGAAAGAAAUAAGAAUGGUUUGGUAAAAGAACAGCCUUCAGAUGCAGCAGUGAAUAGCAACACCAGCCCUUCCCAAUCAUCAUCUAUCAAUGACAUUUCAUCCAUGUCAACAGAACAAACAUUGGCUUCAGAUACAGACAGCAGCCUCGACGCCCUGACAGGAACGCUUGAAGGAUGCCGGUGAUCAGUUUUGCAGAUACAACAUUAGCAAAGCAACUUUUGCUUCUGUUGGUCCUGAGUUGCUUGUAAGUGUAUGGAACCAAGUAGAAAAACUCCAUGUUCUGCAUGUUCCUUUAAAGUAAUGCCUGUGAUUUCACUCAGUUGCAAUAAGACUGUCUGCUUAAUAUUAUAAGAUGAAAGCAACUUUGUAUUUCAGAGGCAACACAAAUAUGCACAUUACUGUAACCGAUUUCUGUUUUGACCUAUAUCAGGUGAGCAGUUAAAUAUCUCAUGAACUGAUGAGUUCAUGGAUACUUUGUCAGACUUCUGAAAUAUACCCAUAACUAAUACAGAUUCACAAAAAAAAGCCAUUGUAGGUGUUGUUGAAUGUAUAUCCUCUUUCUGAAAUGUGUGAUAACAGACAUUUGCCAUAUUGGUGUAUCUUACUGGAAUUCUCAGUACUGUAAAAUGUCGAAGCAAUUGUUUUUAUGCAUAGCACUCUUUUCUUGAGGCCUUUUGCUCUUCAUCUCUCAAUAAUUUUGUA